CCACCAAAGCUGAGAUAAUACAGAAAAGAAAUGAAUUGUUUUCUAUGGAAAAGAAAAGACAAAAACAAAGUGUUGGCAGAAUCGAAAAAAUUGAAAUAAGAUAUUUGGGACUCCCAGAAGAUGUAACAUUAGUUAUGAAUAAAGGUAUUUCAACACCUUACAACUGUGCACAACAUUUAAGCGAAGGACAUUGUAAACGAUCCGCUUUAGCAUUACUUGAUGGCAAUCUUAUUUGGGAUAUGCACAGACCUCUUGAAGAUUCUUGCACAUUACAAUUGCUUAAUUUUACUAUAGCAGAACCACAUGCUGUAAAUAGAGUUUUCUGGAGAACUUGUUCUUUUAUGUUAGGCAGUGCUUUAAACAAUGCCUUUAAAGAUGAAGCAGGGCUUGAAUUACAUAGUUUUCCUAGUCCAAACGUGAAAUCCGGAAGCUUCGUACAUGAUGUGGUACUUUCAGUUAAAGGUUGGCAACCAAAUGAAAAAGAAAUGCGUGCUUUUUCUACUGAAAUGGUUAAAUUAGCACUACGAGAUGUUAAAAUAGAACGUUUAGAUGUUAAUCUUGAAUUAGCCCUGGAAAUAUUUAAUGAUAAUAGAUUUAAAAAAGAGCAUUUACCUAAUAUAGCAUCUAACAAUAAUGGCAAAAUUACUUUGUAUAGAGUGGGAAAUCAUAUUGAUAUAUCUAAAGGUCCAAUGGUAGGUUCAACAGGCUUUCUAGGAAAAUGUACAAUUUCUAGUGCUCAUCAAAUUGGUGAUGAUGGUGAAAAUCGUGGAAUAUAUAGAUUUCAAGGAGUAGCUUUACCAACUGGCAUUAAAUUAAAUCAUUUUGCUUUUGAUAUUCUUGUUAAAAGAUCUAGAAAAUUAAACCCAGCAAGGUUACCUACUGAACCUUAUGAAGAUUCAUCUUUAAAUAGAUUAUUGGCUUAGAUUGAUAGUAUAUAUGUUACAUUUUAACACCAAUAAUGCUUUUUAUUUUUUACAAUAUGGAAAAUAAAA